AGAGAUGCCAAGGGCCAGUACCUGUUUGACCUUCUUUGCCACCACCUGAACCUCCUGGAGAAAGACUAUUUUGGCAUACGCUUUGUGGACCCAGAUAAGCAGCGGCAUUGGUUGGAGUUUACGAAGUCUGUGGUGAAGCAACUGAGAUCGCAGCCUCCUUUCACCAUGUGCUUCCGCGUGAAAUUUUACCCUGCAGACCCUGCUGCCCUGAAAGAAGAAAUUACCAGGUAUCUGGUCUUCCUACAAAUCAAAAGGGAUCUCUAUCAUGGCCGCCUCCUCUGUAAAACAUCAGAUGCUGCCUUGUUAGCAGCUUAUAUCCUUCAAGCGGAGAUUGGAGAUUAUGACCCAGGAAAACAUCCUGAAGGCUACAGUUCCAAGUUCCAGUUUUUUCCUAAACAUUCAGAGAAGCUGGAAAGGAAAAUUGCUGAAAUUCACAAGACAGAACUCAGCGGUCAAACACCAGCAACAUCAGAGCUGAACUUCUUAAGAAAAGCGCAGACGUUGGAGACCUAUGGAGUAGAUCCUCACCCCUGUAAGGAUGUGUCAGGAAAUGCUGCAUUUCUGGCCUUCACUCCUUUUGGGUUCGUUGUUCUUCAAGGAAACAAGAGGGUCCAUUUCAUUAAAUGGAUCCUGUUUGCCUCUUUUACUGCAGCCAUUCACUGGGCUGGUGGCUUCAAGGAUUUUUCUACAAUAACCCCUAAGCCCCUUUCCUGGAACGAGGUGACCAAGCUGAAAUUUGAAGGAAAGACUUUCUAUUUAUAUGUAAGUCAGAAAGAGGAAAAGAAAAUUAUUCUCACAUAUUUUGCUCCAACUCCAGAAGCCUGCAAACACCUCUGGAAAUGCGGAAUCGAGAACCAAGCCUUCUACAAGCUGGAGAAGUCAAGCCAAGUCCGCACAGUGUCCAGCAGCAAUUUAUUCUUUAAAGGGAGCCGGUUCCGAUACAGUGGCCGAGUUGCAAAGGAAGUAAUGGAAUCAAGUGCCAAGAUCAAACGGGAGCCCCCAGAAAUACACAGAGCAGGGAUGGUGCCCAGCCGGAGCUGCCCCUCCAUCACCCAUGGCCCUCGGCUAAGCAGUGUCCCCAGGACCCGCAGAAGAGCUGUCCACAUCUCCAUCAUGGAAGGUCUUGAGUCCCUACGGGACAGUGCCCAUUCCACCCCAGUGCGAUCCUCUUCCCAUGGGGACACCUUCCUGCCUCACGUGAGGAGCAGCCGAGCAGACAGCAACGAGCGAGUAGCUAUCAUUUCGGAUGAGGCCUACAGCCCCGCAGACAGCGUGCUGCCCACCCCCGUGGCCGAGCACAGCCUGGAGCUGAUGCUGCUCUCCCGGCAGAUCAAUGGAGCCACCUGUAGCAUCGAGGAGGAGAAGGAGUCUGAGGCCAGCACCCCAACUGCAACAGAGGCGGAGACGCUGGGCAGAGAGCUGAGGGCCCUGUGUCAGGGGCAUGGCAGGCCAGAGGAACAGGUGAAUAAGUUUGUUUUAAGUGUCCUCCGUUUGCUCCUUGUGACCAUGGGACUCCUCUUUGUUUUGCUCCUCCUCCUGAUCAUCCUUACCGAGUCUGACCUUGACAUUGCCUUUUUCCGAGAUAUCCGCCAGACCCCCGAGUUUGAACAAUUCCACUAUCAAUACUUUUGUCCCCUCAGGCGAUGGUUUGCCUGCAAAAUCCGCUCAGUGGUGAGCCUGCUCAUUGACACCUGAGAAGGCAUGACUCCUCCCAAUAACUAGCCAGGUGGAUGCAGGAGCCCGGCUACCCCUCCCAGCAAUGGGACCAUCGCGGAACCAUCGGCACACACACCAAGUCCUCCCAUGCGUCAGAGCCCACUGCAGCCUAGGAGGGGUGUUCCCAGGAGAAGGAAGGGACAGGCGCAGGCCCCAUCCACACAAACUGGGAAAACUCAUUUCCUCCCGAGGUUCUCUCAAGAAAGGCGCAGCAACUCAUUUCUCAUCUUUCAAUUUGCAGGAUAAUUUUUGGUUUUGAAUUUUGAUUUUUCAUAGAUGUUAUUUUGAAAGUAUCAAAUAAAAACUAUUUAUUUUACUAUUGCUCAUUAUCCCAGUAAUGUCCACUAGCAGAUGGGAUGCUAACUGAAGACCAGAGAGCCGUUGUCCUCUGUGUUCUACAGCAGCUUUCCCACUGGUGCUCAGGUUGUGAGAGGCGCCGGCCUGGAAUUGGAGUGGGGCAGGCCAGGGGUCUGCACAGUGGAGACUGCUUAGAGUCAGAGAGAGCUUCUUAAAAAAAUUCCAUGUGGAAUGAUUAAAUGGAAAGUCGCUUCUUAUGAUGGUCUGAGUUGGAUUUUCUUUUCCUUUUGUUUUUUCAAAUCUGAGCGAAGUGGGCAACUGAAGGGACCACCACCAAGCCAGCAGCAGAAGGGGUAGGGUAAGUCUGUCCCCUCAGACUAGCGCCUAGUGGGCCUCACCCUGUUGUGAGCAAGACUUCUGUGAUGUUCCUGAAGGACCUCAAGACCGAGAGUUCCAGGGCAGGGAAUGAAUUCAAUGAUGCCAGAGGGCACCAUCAGAUAUGCUGGACAAAGUUGGUACCAGACACCAGAGCUAAGUGAUCUGAAAAGGCUGGGAUGCACAGAGCAGUGCUUAUUUUAUACACAGUGUGCCCCCUAACAAAAGACUAUCUCAAUUUAUAUUUUAACAGCAAAAUGUUAUUUUCUUAUCUAUUCAUAUUUUGUUUUUACUUUAUGGAUUAAUACAGCCUGAUAAAGUAAGCAAUGCAAGAAAUUGAUCCUGACACUAGAAAGCAUCAGAAAAUAGGAUUCUAAAAUAAACACAGAGCCUUGGAAGGGACCAAGAAAAGAAUCUCUAAAUGGGAUUUCUAAGAGAUGCUACAAAAUACAGAAGGUGACUGUGGCAGAGACCAACACUUAGACGUAGAAGUGCUGCCCCCCUUGGGGUCACCCUCUGCACUAGGAAGUAAGUUCUAGGACAAUACCUGCGUCCUAGCUGAAGGAAGGAGGCCUCCAGAGGAGCUCGCAGAAGCACAGGGACCCUAGGGGUAGGUAUGAGGUGAGCUCCCUUGGCCUGAGCUCUGCAGCACUUAAAACUAAUCACACACAAGGUGUUGUUUUCAUCUCAGGGAGAGAUUUCUGUGUCAUCCAGGCCUGAGGACUUACUUAAGGGUAGUCAGUGGACACUUGAGGUGCACAGAGCAGCAGAGCAGAAUGCAUCAGCUGUAGAACUUAUCUCCUCUAAUUUGUCCCCCAAGAUGGCAGAACCACGUCCAUGUCUAGAAUAUGACAGCCAUGGCCAAAUUGGGGGGAAAGUCAUUUUAAAGACAGCAAAGUUACCCUUUUCAUCUAGAGGUCCGCAAACUUCUCCUGAAAAGCGCCAGAUAAUAAGUAUUUUGGUUUUGUGGGCCAUACUGUUACAACUACUCAGUUCUGCCAUCAUAACACAAAAACAGCCACAGAUAAGCAUACGUGAAAGAACAUGGCUAUGUUCCAAUAAAGUCUGAUGAAAAUAGAUGUAGGCUCAAUUUGGCCUACAGGCUGUAAUAAGCCAACCCUGAUGGAGACAAUAAAACUGACCACAUUAGCAGAAGGCCACCUCUGCUCGAUUUCUGGCAUAUGUUAAAGACUCAUGCGGGUUCCCAGAGGAGGUGCUGGGGCUGCUUGUUUACAGGGUGCUCAAACAACCAACCAGCAAAGAUUCCAGAAGCCAAGAUGAGCCAGAUCAAGUACGAGAAUAC